CUUCACCUCUUUUCUUCUUCGAACAAACUUCUGUCUCGGCACUACUCAUCCUCCAGGCCUGCUCGAGGGGCCCUACAAUGCCAAGCAACAAACCGCGUUUGCAGCUGGCCCUCUAUGCCCGCCCCAAACACCCCGAUAGUCCCCACUACGCCCUCUUGAUCACCCCCAAGAUAACAGGCCAGUAUACUAGUACUACAACUCUGCCAGCCACAAAGUUCCACGUCAAAAACACCCUGCAGAAUAUCGACUGCCAGCUCUCACAACCCUGGAGAUUCGAGCGGAUUCCCCUGUCCGAUCUCUCCCGGGAUCCACGACUUCUCGCCUGUUUCGUGAUCGGGAAAAUUGCCCCCAGAGCCAUCGAAGCGGUUGAGAAUAUUAUCGCACAGGUUCCGGUGUACCAAAUUGAUGAUCCGGACCAGGCGAAGGCGCAGAGCUUUAAUUGCUGUACUUGGGUGGAAGACGUGUUGACUCAACUGCGCGGUUCCGGCCAUGUCGCUCGGCUAAUGGACAUGGACUGGCAGACUGUUCAAAAGGAGGCGCUGGCAUACGUGGUGAGCAAGAGAAGGGAAGGCAGAUGGGACGCUGGCAGAUGUGCGGAUGACGUUCCUGUAAUGGAUCUGUUGACGGGGACAGAGCUUGUCCCUUGAGGCAAGAUUUACCGUCUCCUUUGAGAGACGUCUUUAAUGUUUAAUUGAUAUACCUUUUAUUGCCAGCGUUUUUUCAGAAUUUCCAUUUCGGGCAGUUAUGAGGCUCUGCUGGGGUCCCUUGGGCAAGACCGGAUUGGCCACAGAGUACGUUGUUUGCUUGAUGCAUCAGAUGUACGUUAUGCAUGUCAUUCCAGACUGCCGUGCCCAGAAUUCAGUAUAUGUGGUUGGUGAGAAGGUGAGAAGGUGCCAAUUUGAUCACAGCUGACGUUUAGGGGACAUCUGUCUUUGUCUUGACGGGAUCAUCUCUAUGUUAUGGUAUUGAUACCAGAGUUAUUUUUGUGAAGAAUGCUUCGAAAUUCAGACACGCAGUAACCUAACCUUACAUGAAUACUUAAUGAAAA